AUGGCAGAGCAGAAAAACCGCGAUGUGGUAGAUCAGACCCUGUCGGGCGGCGAGCCUUCGCCUUCCGACGUUCCUGCGAGCACCAACGACAAUCCAUCUGCUGGAGGGGACGCAGGGAAGACCGAGCAUAUCGCAAUGACUACCGCUACAUCGAACAACUCAAAUUUGAAUGAUCAGCAAAACCAUGAGAAGACGAACACUCCUGAUUCACGGGGAGAAAAAGCUGCCGGCGACAAGGACGCUGGAGGCUCGACGACGGUGAGCAUCGCUUCUGGAUGCGCUCCAAAGCACUUGCUAAUAUGGGCGCAGGAUACUUCUAAGCAAGGCGCCGGAGUUGUUGCGACGCGAGUUCUUGAACUUAAUGGACUGGCCUCGGCAUCGGAUGGUGGAGAGGAUACAGCAUCACAAGGUGGUUCGGAAUCAGAUGCGAGCCGACCAGAUAGCAGGAAUCAGACUCACAGUGGUUCAGUCAAAAAGCCAUCAGGAUUCAAGCCAGUUUCAUUUGCCAAGUUCUCGGUAAACAAGGUUCCGGGGGCUCCAACACCACCUAAGGCGCCUGAGAAAGCGCCAACGUCUACAACACCACUCGGUACCCCACAGCCAAGCUCCCGGCCGCGCUUGGUUGCAAAGUCUACACAAGGCUCGCGUGAUUCGUUUUCGAAGGCUGGAGCAGGCGGAGGCAAGCCUGGUGGAUCAGGGCCAGAUCCGAAUCAAGUGUGGAAUAAGAACCGACCUGUUGCGCCCGCCCCUCCGAAACACUUGACGGAUGAAGAAUUGAAACAACAAUACGGAAUCCAUAUGACUUCUCGUAUCCAAGAAGAUGGGGCUGUUAGCUCCGAAGCAAAGUGGGCGGAUAUUGAUGACGAUGAAGAUGAUUGGGCCCCUGAGACGAUCGAGUGGACAGAUGGAACGAAGGUCAAUCUCACUCAACCUCACACUGAACCCCCGCCGGCUCCCAGUCAUCGGGAGACCAAGGAGUCACCGCCUGUGGAGCCAAGCGUUCCGAAGGAGCCUAUCAAGACUGCGCCGAAGCCAGCUGCAUCUAUGGGGUCCCGUGCUAUGGUACUCAAAGUUGGAGCUAAUGCUGAACGGCAAGCAAGAACUGCGAGCGCUUCCUCUAACGGCACAAAUGACAAAGUUCCAUCUAGCUCCACCAGCCCAGCACCGCCAUCCAAGUCUCCUUGGGCCGCUCUGCCUCCUGUCGAUAGAGUGUCUCCAGUCAAUGCCCCGGUUCAGCCUCACCAACAGCGCAUGCCCGCGAGAUACCCCCAGAGAGACGACGGCCAUCAUGCCCCAAUGGCGAUGCCGCCCAAGGAGAUUGCAGCGGAUGAUUUCAACCGAGAGGAUCUUGGCGCCAUGACCAACACUCGCGUGCUCCUGCGGUUUUGCAGAGGCCAAACGAGCAUCCAAGUGGACCCGCAGAGCCAUCUGCUGCAUUCCAGACGCACAGGUCUCAGUCAUCAGGAUGGCAUGGGUUGGGGUCGUCGUCGCACAUCAUCGAACGUGAGCGGAGGAAGCGGAGGGUUUGGCCGUAGGAUGUCAGUUGGCCGAUUUGAUGCUCCUCCGAGAUACAAUGAUGCUCGCAGAGGUUCUCAAGUGAAUGGUCUGGGUGAUUCAGCGAUAGUGGGUCACGAGCAGCAUCAUGGCAAAGACCAAAUUGCUCCGUCUGGUCCAAAUGGUACAGCACGUCCAGCUGUUGAUGUAGGUAUGUCUCCUGUGGAAACACAGGCAGCGGUUCCUCAAGUUCAGCAAGAACCUCAGGAGGACCCCGUUGCUCUGCAAGAGCGUAUUAUGAAGGAGAAACGCCUAGAGGCCAGGCAACGAAGGAUUGAGCAGGAAGAGAAAGAGGAAGCAGCUAAAAAGGAGAGGAUUAGGCAACGUCUCGCGGCUAUGGGUCCUGCGCCAGAGAAAAAGGCCCCCGAAACGCGCAACCACCCCUCUCUUCAACCUCAACCUCAACCUCACUCUCACUCUCUUCAUCCUCCCCAAACCCCUUCUCAACUUCCUUCUCAACCCAUCCAUUCUAUUUCUUCACCUCCAAAACCUCCUGUGCCAGAGCCCAAUCGGGAACCAAAACAGUAUGGUAUGAUGAAAGUGCAUCAUCCCGACUCUGUCAAGAAACUCGUUGGUGCGCAUGAGCGGACAUCUGAGAGCAAACAUCUCAACCGACGUGUCUCAUCACCCCACCAAGAACUCCAUCGUGAUCCUGCACCUCCAUCUGCCGCUCACUUCAAAACUGAACCUCAUUCACCUGUCCAGAGCAAGACAUCAGAUUCAAAGCUCGUGGAGCAAGGUACUCAGUGGCAAGGGAAUUUGACUUCUACUUCACCCUGGUCUCAUCCUAACAUUGCUGGACCAUCCACAUCUGCCAAAAAUUUGUGGAAACCGUUUGGCAGUGACCGCACUCCAACUCUUGGGAACGGCAUCUUUGACCAACCUCUUGGGACUUUUGCAUCGCGUGAAAACCCUCUAGGCCAACUCGGCUUGGAUUCGCCAAAUAUGUCUACCUCUCCCAAUUUCUCUGCUCCUAAUGAGCCCACCGAUUCUCUGCCGUCACCUGAGGCACGUCAUCCCUCAUUUGACCCACUCAACCCCAUUGGACGCCCCAGCCCAAUCGGACCGCCCAGCGCACGGAAUGCUCGUAUUAACGAGUGGAAUAAAUUCCACGAGAACGCCUUCGAGAAAGAACAACAGGACGCUAAGGAAUUCCUGAAGCGACUUGAUGAGCGACGCAAGGGAGCCCCGGCCCCGCCUCCCGCGCCUGUGGUUUUCACAGAGACUUGGAAGAAAACCCGUGCCACUGAAGACGGCAGACGGGUCGUCACUCGAGUCACCGAAAGAGUCAUCAACAAUGAUGAAGACAUCGCCAGGGCCAAGGCGGCUGCGAACCAGCAAGCCAAUCCUCUUACCACUCUCGAUACUCCUAUGGAUGGUCUCAACAUGGCUGACAUCGGUGUUCGUCCAGCCGGCAACGUUUCUACCCGGAGCUCUCGCUUCUUCCCCUCGCCAUCGGAGCAGUCGAAACGCCAGGUCGCCGAGAAGGAGCGCAGCAGUCCUUCGCCUCCUCCUCCUGAGGAAAUCAGCCACCCUGCCUACCAUGGAGACGUGAAGCACCCCAAUGUUAAUCUUCCAGCCCCUAAACCUCCCAAGCCCGUUGUCAAGCUGCCUCCAAAGGCCAUGGGUGCCCCGGCGCCCCCGCCGACUUUUGCUUCCAUGGCAGCUGCGCCACCGCGUAACACGGUGCCUCCUUCCUCCACCGCGAUCUCGUGGCAGGAUAAGAUUAACGGUCUCUUCGGCAAAACCACUCCUACGCAGAAGAAGAGUGUCCUAGCUGUGGCAUCAGCUACCAAGGAGCCUCUUCCUGUCCACACUAGUGCUGUAUCUGUCUCUAUCCCGCAGACGAAGGCUGGAUCACAGGCUGGUGAUGGCGAUUUCGCCGUCCGACAAGUCAAUGAACAGGAUGAGAUGUUUGAAGACCGGGAACCCGGCUCUCUGCCUGCUGUUCGUGUGCCGAAUAUGGCUCCCCAGAAUUCUUGGGACGCAACUCGUCCAUCGGAACGCCCCCGUGGAAAGAACUUUAAGCAGGUGCAAUCGCAGAGCAUUCAGCCAUUCCUGGUUGGCCACAAUGAUCGGGAUGGUCAGGGUAAUAUUCGCGCUUCGAUCCUUCUUCCUGGUGGCUCUGAGCCCAAGACCGUUCUUAUCCAACGCAAGGCUGGCCCGCCUCGAGGCCGCAAUGCUAAUACCAAUGCGAGACCCCGCAAGGGUAUCAACAACAAGCCAAAUGAAUUUUCCGGUGGCAACAAGAAGUCUGCCUCUAACACCGUCCCACGACAGCCACCCCGUCAGCACACGGGCUGGACUCCACCGCCCACUCCUCGUUAG